CUUGAUGACGCUGCGAGCGGGAGGCGGUAAUGGCGGUGAAUUUAACUCCGCGCUUUCGGCGGUUGGAAAGUCGUGGGUCGCUGAGGCGCCGAGGACAUUUGGAACCUUUCCAUGCAACACAGGUAUGGAAUAACAUUAUCCAAGCCCUGCAGACCCAGGUGGAGGUGAGGCAUUACAAACGUUUCUGGAGGACGUAUAAUGGCUGCUUCACUGGUGCUGAUGCAGUUGAUGUGGUGCUGAGCCACCUUAUGCAAAGCAUGUACUUCGUCAACAGUGAUGUCUCGCGUUUGAAAGCAGCUCGCCUCUGCCACGCUCUGAUGGAGCACAGAGUGUUUGAGCCUGUUAACACGAGACUCUUCGGUAAAGAGCAGCAAAUGGUGUUCGAAGAUUGCAGUAGCAGCCUCUACAGGUUUAUGGAAGAUGGUGCAUUCCCUGGUCAGGAACAGGGACCAGAAGAUUUGUUUCACCAUGAAAGACCGCUGCCAAGGAAGAAAUGUCCCAUACCAGAUAAAAUAACUUACUCGAAUCCUAUUGCCUUGGAAGCCUGUGACAAAAGGAUUGAAGAAGUUUUGCAAGCAAUCAGCCUUCGUCCAUCACUACCCACAAACAUAAAAAUAAAAGCACCAACCAGCCUGCUGCCAAAGAAAGUUGUUGAGGAUGUUUGGAAGCAGGCGACUUUAUUGCAGCUGCUCCAUUUAAUUCAUCUUCCCGUCCUGGACAGCAUUCUGGAGUCUCCCCUGAAGAUGGAAAGAAGAGAAGCAGUUCAUUUCAGUCGGCAAACUGACCUUAUUAUCUCCAACAAGUUCCUGGAUCGAGAGGUUUCUAAGAUCCUAAAUCUACCUUACACUGAUGAGUGGCUCUUGGCUGCUGUUGACUGCCUGGAUUAUUUCCCAGACCAGCUGAUCGUACACGCGAGUGAACUGUUAUCUCAGACCACGAAUGAUUGUGAUGCUGCAGACACUUACAAAAGAGUUUUGUUUGAAACUGUGGCGAAGCAUUACAGCCAGAACAGGGAGCCCCUUCUCUGCAGAUGCUAUCUUGACAUAUACUGCGGGAUAAUUAGAUUUCUGGAGAAUGGAAAGACUGGACAAGCACUGGAGGCUGCUCAGCUGUGCGUUCGAUUGUUGGAGCCAAUUUGGAGAGAGGAAUUGCACAGGCUGUUGUCUUUUAUGGCUGUUGCAGCUUGCCCUGGUACCUACAGACUACAGAAGCAGAAUACCAACAGGACUGUGGUGAUGAAAACAUUUGCCAAAGCUAUUGUGCAAAGCAAGUCUCUGUCAAAGUCCCAGACUGAGGAUCUGGCCUUGUUCCUAAUGGAUAACCACGCUGAGGUGUUCAAGAUCCCCAGUUUCCUGCUUCAGAUGGUCAGGAAGAAGCUCCUUUCUCUUCAGGAAGGAAGGAAUCCCAGUGCUAUUGCAGACUUUACCUUCUGCAAGCAUGUCACACAAAAGGAGUUUGAGGUGCAGAAACGUCAGACCACCUUAGAGCAACUUCAGCGGUUGAUUCGCAGCAUCAGUCAAAAUCGCAGCCUGUGUGAGAAGGAAAGAAACCGGCUGCUUCAGGAGUUUCGGAAGCACCAUCCCUCUGUGUUUUUCCACCACCACUCAAGCUGCUAUUUAGAAGGAGAACACUCGUAGAAUGGCUUCUCAGAGUUGAACAACUACUUAUCGCAUUGUGAAUGAUUACUUGAAUUUGAUUGCAUUGAUCCGAGAAUUCUAACAGUGCAAGCACAGGAACUAACCACAUGGAUCUGCAACUGACAUGUUCAUCUCCUGCCUUUUCUCCAUUCGAACUUCUUUUUGUUUAAUUUGUACAAAAUGCGAAUCAUGCUACUGAUUAGCAAAAAGUCAAAAAUAAAUUUAUUAUCAAAGUACAUAUAUCUGGCGAUUACUUUUCAUGCACACAUUUGCAGAUAAAUAAAGAAAUACAAAAGAAGUUAUGAAAAACUAAACAUAAGGACCGACAAACAGCCAAUGUGCAAAAAUUAGGGCAACUAUUUGGGUAUAACUGUGAAAAUAGAGGGUGCAAAAUUAUGUAAUGCACCCACAAAAUGGAGGAGAAACUCAGCAAGUCUGGCAGCAUCUAUGGAAAGCAAUUAAGUUUGUGUCAGGCCAGGACUCUCCCUGAAGGGUCUCAGCCCAAAAUGUCAACUCUAUUCCUUUCCACAGAUGCUGCCUGAUUUGUAGAGUUCCUCUGGUAUUUUG